GAGCAGUGAAGACGACCUCCAGAGGAAGAGGUUCACGAUGAUUUUUUCAUUAUGUUUGCUGGGAGCGAUGUACAGCCUGAUGUUCCUCCCAGGCCGGCUGGAGGCCAAAUCUUUGUUAAACGUCCUCCAGCAGGAAGAGAUGGUUCCUGUCGGUGAUCUCAGUAUCGACUCAGAGAAAGCGAACGGCUUCCUGACUCACUCCAGACCAAAGCGUAACGUGGACCCGAGGUGGUACAGAGGAAACCCGGACUUCCAGGCUUAUUACCGCUACUACAGCAGCAUCGGACACACCGAGGGGCUGUACGAGAUCGACAAGCUGCGGAUGCUCUACCAGCAGAUGAGGUACCUGGAGCACACCUACGGCCCCGACGCCUCCUCCUUCCAGAACAAGCUGGGGCUUCCAGUGAUCAUGUGUGACCCCGCCACGGACAAGAAGUGCAAAGUGGCCCCCCCUCCCCCUCCCAUGAAAGGGGUCCCAAAGCCCACUGAGCCCCCCCCUCCCCCCCCCCCUCCAAUCAUCUCUCAGGCUGACGUGCUCUACCUGUGCAACAAGAAGGACCCCCUCUGCAGACCGCACAUCGUCUACAUGCCCACCGGCUCUGUGCCCGUGCUCUGCGACCCCCGCCACCACCCCCACUGCACGCCGCACAAAGCUGCACCAGAGCCGGUCGCAGUGCCCCCCCCUCCUCCAAUGAAGUCUGCCCCACCUCCUCCAAUAAAGUCUGCCCCACCUCCUCCAAUAAAGUCCGCCCCCCCUCCUCCUGUCCUCGUCAAGAAGCCCCCCCCGGCGCCCAUCCGCACCUUCAAGGGCAUGGAGUAUGACUGCGACCCCUACUGGGACCCUGACUGCCUGAUUGACCACCCCCCCAGGCCCAUGAAGGGGAAGGUUGUGGUUCCCCCCCCACCACCUCCGCCUCCCAUGAAGGCAGAAAAGAAGGAGGAGCCUGUGGAGGAGGCGGCGCCGCCCGCUCUCGUCCCAAAGAAAGUGGCGCUGUACCCUUACCCGUACUACCACCCGAUGCCCUACGACCCCAGAGAUGAUCUGUACGACCCGGCUCGCUUCCAGUACCCGCAGCCUGCCGCGUCAGCUGACGAGCCGGCAGAGGACGGCCAAUGAAACAUCACAACGUUUAUUCAACAUCCUCCGAGUCGACCUUUGAACAGUUGCAGCACUUGUUUAUAAAAAAACAUAUUUUUGAUCUCUGUGUUCAUAAAGAAUAAAGAAUCCUAAAAACACAAAA